UGCUUGGUGAUGGAAAAGAUGCAUGGAUCUUUGCACGAGGUUGUUGAGCAAAUGGGACCUUUUGCGCUUUCUCUCGAGUGUCUACAAAAGCUGAGCUUUCAGCUCCUGACGUCACUGAGCUUCUUGGCUUCCAACGGAGUUGUGCACGCAGAUAUUAGACCAGAGAAUGUCCUACUGCGCGAGUCACCAUGGAAGAAGGUGAAUGGCCGUGAACUACCGAAAUCUCUCUCCAUCAAAGUCAAACUAGCGGACAUGGGGAAUUCCUUCCGAAUGAAAAACUCUUCUGCUUACCACGACGACUUCGAACUUCAGACCCUUUACUACCGGGCGCCUGAAGUUCUCUUCGGGAUGCCAUUCACCACUCAGAUUGACAUGUGGUCGCUUGGAUGCCUCUUGGUCGAGGCCUACAUUGGAAGAAGAUUGUUC